AACUUCAAAAUACAAACACGUAAAUACACGUGAAUAUUGUAGAAAAUGUGUCAUGCGUGAUUCAAUAUUAGAAAAUAUGGUUGUAAUUUAUUUAUUCGAGUAACAACUAAAUGGAAGGGGUACUAAAAUAUGCGUGCAGGGUCUUUGGAAACGCGCCAUCCUACGGUGACUUAACCUCAAAAAAUUACAUGUAACGCCACUCCGACGUUCUGGAACUUUCAAGUUUCGGCUUGAUAUUCGGCGUCGUGCGGCGUACGCUGGUUUUUGAAAUAGAAUUUUGGAUUUCGUGUUUAUUUUUUUCCAUUGACCUAGUUAGUUUUUAUAUUCAUUGCAGUACGGAAUCCAUAAUUGUCAUUCACAAACAUGGCCAAGUUCGAUUUGACGAGCAAGAUGACCAAAUACCUGGAUCGGCAUUUGGUCGCCCCGCUGCUGGAGUUCUUGUGGGCAAAAAAGAUUUACAAUGAGAAUGAAAUUUUGCAAGCCAAAUUAGACAUUCUUAAUAAGACUAACAUGAUGGAUUAUGUUAUCGAAAUUUACAAACAGUUGAAUCCUGAAAAAGAAGUACCCGAGGAAAUGAAAACGAGAAGAGAUCAAAUUGUAUCUCAGCUGAAUCAAUUUCAAAGUGAAGUUGAUGUUGUGAUGAAUUUCCUGAAAGAUGAUAAAGUCAUGAAAAAUAUGGAAACUAUGCGGGAUCCUAAAACACUGUCAACUUAUUUGACCAAUGAAUUCAACUUUAAAGUGGAAAUGAUGGAAAGUAUGUACAAAUUUGCCAAGUACCAUUACGAUUGUGGAAAUUACGCUGGUACAACAAGUCAUUUGUACUUUUAUUUAUUAGUUAUGUCGCCUACUGAUAAGAACUACUUGAAUGUUCUUUGGGGAAAAUUAGCAUCUGAAAUUCUUAUUCAAAAUUGGGAAACUGCUCUUGAAGAUUUAAACAAACUGCGAGAGUACAUUGAUUCCAAUACUAAUGGUUCUCCAUUGCAUUUGCUACAACAACGAACUUGGUUAAUUCACUGGAGUUUAUUUGUGUUUUUCAAUCAUGUUAAGGGACGUGACCUUAUUAUUGACAUGUUUCUGUACAGGCCAAACUAUUUAAAUGCUAUUCAAACCAUGUGCCCACACAUUCUUCGCUACUUGGCCACUGCAGUAAUCAUCAAUCGUUCCAGAAGAGCAGCUAUGAAGGAUCUUGUUAAGGUUAUUCAACAGGAAUCAUAUACCUACCGUGACCCUAUAACUGAACUUCUAGAAAAUCUCUACGUUAACUUUGAUUUUGAAGGAGCUAGAGACAAGUUACAUGAAUGCCAAAUUGUUCUUUUUAAUGACUUCUUUUUGACUGCGUGCCUUGAUGAUUUUGUAGAGAAUGCUCGUUUGAUGAUUUUUGAAACAUUUUGUCGUAUUCAUCAGUGCAUUAGUAUUGGUAUGUUAGCUGAGAAGCUUAAUAUGAACCCAGAAGAGGCUGAAUGCUGGAUUGUAAACCUGAUCAGGAAUGCCAGGUUAGAUGCAAAGAUUGACUCAAAACUUGGACAUGUUGUUAUGGGGACACAACCAUUAUCUCCCUAUCAACAGCUUUUAGAAAAAAUAGAUACAUUAUCAGUGAGAUCAGAAGCACUACAACAACUCAUCGAAAGAAAAGUCAAAGCUAAGACUCAAGAACAAGAUCCACUUUGGUACAAUCCUUGAAAAGCUGUUAAUAUUGGUAAGUUCUCAACAAGUGUUAUUAUUCAAUAAAACAAUAAUAAUAUUAUUCAUGAAAUGUUAUUUUAUUUAUUUCUUAUUAGUAAUUAAAGUAAUUUUCAAUUUAUUUGCUGAAUUUGAAAACCUGAAAACCCUCGAAAUCCAAUUAUAAUUAAUUAACAGUAAUAAGAUAAUAUUAUCAUUUAAGAUCGGGUGUGGAUGCUCCCAAGUAGUUGUGUAAAUCUUGAAUAUUUGAAGAUACCAAUUUUACUUUUACUGUGUCCUUUUUUAAACGUUUGUGAGCUUCAUACCGAUGACAUCCACCAAAUGAAUAAAAGUAAUUACCACCCUCUCUUCCUACUAUCCAUAACACGUCUAUUGGUGGUACUGAAUCUGUAAGGUCUGGAUCCUAAAUCAAUAAUUUUUCAUUAUAUUAUCUGUAAAAUAAGUUUGUAAAUUUAAAUUUAAGAAAAAGAAUAUUUUAUUUAUGCAAAUAAACAAUUUUUUAUAUUUUAUUCAGUAAAAUGUGUAUAUUGUUUUCUUUAAAAUAAGUAGAAUGUAAAACUUCCAAUUUUUUUUGUUGUAAUUGUUACUAUUUAUUUGAUGUAUAAUUUUUUUGGUUAUUUUUUUGUACUUUUACAUCAUUAAAUAUUGUAAUACACUUACUGACAAAGUAUCCAUUAAACUCUUAACCUUUCCUUCAUCUACUUGUGGUGGAAUUGGUCGUAUGAUUUCA